CUCUGCUCUGUCUCGCUCAUCACACCAAAGUCGGCUAGAGAGACCUCUGAAUCUUUUUUCCACUUCUUCUCCUCCGUUUCUUCAGUUAUCUUUCGGAAAUCCUGUAAUGGGUAAAGAGAAGUUCCACAUCAACAUUGUGGUCAUUGGCCAUGUCGACUCUGGUAAGUCGACUACCACUGGUCACUUGAUCUACAAGCUUGGUGGUAUCGACAAGCGUGUUAUCGAGAGGUUUGAGAAGGAAGCUGCUGAGAUGAACAAGAGGUCAUUCAAGUAUGCCUGGGUGCUGGACAAGCUCAAGGCUGAGCGUGAACGUGGUAUUACAAUUGAUAUUGCCUUGUGGAAGUUUGAGACCACCAAGUACUACUGCACUGUUAUUGAUGCUCCUGGACAUCGUGACUUUAUCAAGAACAUGAUUACUGGCACCUCCCAGGCUGACUGUGCCAUCCUCAUUAUUGACUCCACCACUGGUGGUUUUGAAGCCGGUAUUUCCAAGGAUGGUCAGACCCGAGAGCAUGCUUUACUUGCUUUUACUCUUGGUGUGAGGCAGAUGAUUUGCUGCUGUAACAAGAUGGAUGCCACCACUCCCAAGUACUCAAAGGCAAGGUACGAUGAAAUUGUGAAGGAAGUCUCAUCCUAUCUCAAGAAGGUCGGGUACAACCCAGAAAAGAUCCCCUUUGUCCCCAUUUCUGGGUUCGAGGGUGACAACAUGAUUGAGAGGUCCACCAACCUUGACUGGUACAAGGGUCCCACCCUUCUUGAGGCCCUUGACUUGAUCAGUGAGCCCAAGAGACCAUCAGACAAGCCCCUUCGACUUCCACUUCAGGAUGUGUACAAGAUUGGUGGUAUUGGUACCGUCCCUGUUGGACGAGUUGAGACUGGUACCCUGAAGCCUGGUAUGGUUGUUACUUUUGCCCCCACUGGGCUGACUACUGAAGUUAAGUCUGUGGAGAUGCACCAUGAAUCUCUCGUAGAGGCCCUUCCAGGUGACAAUGUUGGAUUCAACGUGAAGAAUGUUGCUGUUAAGGAUCUCAAGCGUGGUUAUGUUGCUUCCAACUCCAAGGAUGAUCCUGCAAAGGAAGCAGCAAACUUUACAGCUCAGGUCAUCAUCAUGAACCACCCUGGCCAGAUUGGACAAGGAUAUGCUCCUGUUCUCGACUGUCACACCUCCCACAUUGCUGUUAAAUUUGCUGAGAUGUUGACAAAGAUUGACAGACGAUCUGGUAAGGAACUGGAGAAGGAGCCCAAGUUCUUGAAGAAUGGUGAUGCUGGAUUUGUGAAGAUGGUUCCCACCAAGCCCAUGGUUGUUGAGACCUUCUCUGAGUACCCCCCACUUGGACGAUUUGCUGUGAGGGACAUGCGACAGACUGUUGCCGUUGGUGUCAUCAAGAGUGUUGAGAAGAAGGAUCCAACUGGUGCCAAGAUCACUAAGGCCGCUGCUAAGAAGAAGUGAACCGGACUGGCUCAUCAGAUUUCCGCAGGGGAAAUCUUAUAUAAAUAUAAUAAUAGUAGUAAAAACUUACCUAUUGUCACUAUUACUAUGGUUUGUUGGUCAUACUGUUUAUAUAGUUUUUGGUCAUCAUUGUUAGGCAUUCAGUCCCAGAAUUGGGUGCUUGACAGGCGGUGGCGACGUUAUAGCAUACGGAGUCCUUGUCCUUCGGUUAAAUAUUUUUGUGGUUGGUUCUGCUACUCUGGAUUUUAAUUUAAAAAACUAUGUUUUAUUGUCGUAAUGAUUCUAUAUCCCUUUGGUAUUUCA